AUGUCGGGGACUGGUGCCGCAAAUGUACAAGUUGUGCCUCGAACCUCGGGACCUCGAAUUCGUAGUAGAGGCGUGUUGAAAUUGUACAAUGUUGGUGCACCAUGGGAGAGGAUAGCCAUUGACGUUGCGGGGCCGUUUCCGGAAAGUGAAAGUGGUAACAACUAUUUCAUGGUUGUGAUGGAUUACUUCACUAAGUGGCCAGAAGUCUUCGCCAUUCCAAAUCAAGAAGCUUCAUCAGUUGCAGAUAAACUAGUUCAUGAAGUCUUCUGUCAUUUUGAAGUACCAUUAGAGAUUCACAGCAAUCAAGGAAGGAAUUUUGAGUUUCAAAUAUUCCAGGAAACUUGA